AUGGAAUCGAACCUAUUUGAUGUUAACACUUCGUUGAAUGAAGUUUGUGAACAGUGUAAUGGAUCGUUUAACUCGACGAACCAGACGGGUUAUGAUUACUAUUACUAUGAUUAUGAAGAGUCUGUUUAUGCCAUACCUUUAGAGGAACUUGUGCCAGGAGCUAUCGUGUACUGCAUAACAUUGCUGGUAGGCAUAGUGGGAAAUGCAUUGGUUAUUUUCUCCAUUGCUAGAUAUCGCCGAAUGAGAAAUAUAACUAACACAUUCCUCGUCAGUUUAGCCAGUGCGGACCUACUCUUAGUUCUAAUCUGCGUUCCAGUGAAGUUUGCCGCCUUCUUUAGUUUUACUUGGAUGUUUGGUGAAUUUUUAUGUAAAGCCGUGGUAUAUCUACAGAACGUUUCAGCUAUCUGCUCUGUUCUAACCCUUACAGUAAUGAGCCUUGAAAGAUAUUAUGCCAUAUUGCAUCCAUUGAAAGCUAAAUAUGUUUGUACAGUUGGGAGGGCUAGAAAAGCUAUCGUUUUAUUAUGGAUAUUAUCUUUUAUAUUAGCUUUACCAAUUCCAUUUUUACAAGUACAUAAAUUAGUUGGUGUUAUACGAACUGGAUAUUGGUGUAUUAAAGAUUGGGAACAAAGUUUAUUUAGCAAAGUUUAUGAAAGCUACAUGUUUUGUAUCAUGCUGGUGCUUCCAGUUUUCAUCAUGACAUUCGCCUACUCUAGUAUCUGCAUAGAAUUAUGGAUGGUCACUCAUCAAAGGAUCGUCAUGAAAAAUGGCAGAAACGAUCAACAGACCGGCCAAAAUUCCAGUCCAUUUCGUGUAGCUUCUGAUAAAAGUCCAGUAAUACGGAAACAAACAAAACUCAAAGUUUCUACAGAAGAUGAAAAUACGAGAAAACAAGUAAUAAAGAUGUUGGUAGCUGUUAUAGUUAUAUUUAUUAUUUGCUGGGCACCAAUAUUAAUCAACAACUUACUGACAGCGUUUAACGUGCUGCACCAUUUACAUUAUGGUUAUUUAAAACCAAUGAGACUUGCUUUCUAUCUUUUAUCAUACUUGAACAGUUGUGUGAACCCAAUCAUAUAUGGAUUCAUGUCCAAGACAUUUCGUAAAACUUUUGUCCAUGCCAUCUGUACAUGUCUAAGAGGCAAAGAGUACAUGAGACGGAAGUAUUUUCUGAGAAAUUCGGUUCAAACUCGUACAUCGCAUUAUAUCUAUAGUAAAACUAAUGACGACUUUGAAAUGUCCAGAACUUGCUGUGACCAUACUGAUUAUGGAACUUGUGAUGAGGUGUAA